AUGAACGCGCGCACCAUCGCCUUCGAGCUGUCCAUGGAGGGCAGGCAGGUGGACGAGGUCGUCGCCUGCAUCUUCCAUACCGUCCUCUUCCACCGCUCUAGUGGCAAGUUCACCUACAACAAUGAGGAAAGCUACUCCAUCCGCACCGUCAGCUAUGUCGAUGUGGAUUGUGACUUCAUAGACUUCACGUACGUCUGCUGCGAAUCCGACGCUCUGGGUCGCAGUGUAAAGCGCGAGAUCUCAGACUUCUCCGAGCUGCUGCGCGGACUGGACUCGAGCUCGUCCCCACCGCGCGGCUCCAUCAGCCUCGAGUUCUUCCAGAAGCGCCGCGCGCGCUGGCCCUUCCAGCCCGAGUGCGUGCCCUGGGAGGUGUGGACCGUCUACUGCGAGCUCGCGCGCAACGACCACGACGCGCACAACAGCAAGCACGAAAAUGUCGUGGAGAUGUUGCAGGACAAGAUCGUUUUCAUCACUGAGAUCAUCAACCGACAUGAGUACGUGCCCAAGAUGCCGAGCCGCUCAGACGCAGAUCUCAUCUUCGACACGUCCUACUCAGACAUCCAGCCGUACCUGUUCAAGAUAAACUACAACCUAUCGGGCGCGCCGCCCACGUCGGUGGGCAACACGGUGCGCAAGCUCAUCCGCGACACGCUGUCUUUGUGA